AUGGUUCUCGCUGUCGAUCUCCUCAACCCCAGCCCUGCGGCUGAGGCCAAGAAGCACAAGCUCAAGACCCUUGUGCCCGCUCCCCGCUCCUUCUUCAUGGACGUGAAGUGCCCCGGCUGCUUCACCAUCACCACCGUUUUCUCCCACGCCCAGACCGUCGUCAUCUGCCAGGGCUGCACCACCGUCCUCUGCCAACCUACCGGUGGUAAGGCACGACUCACAGAGGGCUGCUCUUUCCGAAGGAAGUAG